AAGCAAUAUAACAACAACAACACUAAUAAUAAAAUAUUUUGGGGUGAAAAUCUUUUAUAUUAAAGUAUGCAGAUAUUCUUGGCAUGUGAACAUAGGAAUAUUCAGUGAAAAAUAGCGAAUGCUCUUACAUACACACAUACAUAACGAACUAAGCUCAUUAAUAAUACGUAUCUGCGUGUGUGCGUGUAUGUUUCUAUAUACAUAUGCAAUAAAUGUGAAAAGAAAAAAUGAAAAUAAAUCAACAUCACAUUAAAUCAUAUAGAAGCAUAUAGAAGAUUUUCACCGAAAUCUUUUUUUUUUUUCUUGUUUGCUUCAACACAAACUAAAAUCAUUGAAAUAAUGCUAAUAUUUUUGUAUAUAAAUAAAUUUUUUUUUUUUUAAAUUUUAGCAAUUAUCUGUUGAAAAAUUAAUAAUAACGCUGAUACAUUAAAAAUGACCUAAAUGCGGUUUUCUUUGCAUUGUUUUUCCUUUUAUCUCUAAAAUCAUCGAUAGUAAGAAACAGAAAAGUAUAGAGAUAUUAUUUAAUCGACAAGAACACUAUAUAUAGCAUUUUAUAACAACCCUUAGACAUCUCUCUGAGAAGUCUGUUUUUGCAUUGCUUUGUCAAAUAUAUAUUCCUUUUUUUUUUUUUUUUUUGAAAAACAAAUAAACAAACUAUUCCAAGUAUCAAAUAUAUUGUCGUAUCUAUCUCUCUAUCAUUACACCACAUAUGGAUGACGAGCUUGAGGAUAAAGUUUUCUAUCAAACGUACGUUUCCCAUAUGAAGAUACUUUCGAAAUUUGCAGUGGGCGUAUCGUCCAUUAAUUCACCGCUGGCCUAUAUUUGGAAAUUAUGUCGUCUCUAUGUUUUACGACCCGAAGUUUUAUUUUGCGGUGUUAUACUGUUCUGUUUAUUCCUCUACUUACAAGCUGUCGAUACCUGGUCACGCGGCAUAUUGGGUCGCAUUCAAGCCACCUUAAGUGGCCGACAUAAAAACAAUCGCAUGAAACUAUUGGAAUCAUCCGGGCAAGGUGAUCAUCAAUGUUGGGAAGAGUUAAGGCCGCAAAGCUCAGCAUUUGCGAUAUUAGGCCGAAGGCCACGCAUGGAAGAUCGAUUCAUAAUCGAAGAGAAUAUCAACAACAACACAGGCAUUUCAUUUUUUGCUGUAUUUGAUGGUCAUGGCGGUGAAUUUGCAGCCGAUUUCGCUAAAGAUAUACUGGUUAGAAAUAUUUAUAAUAAAGUGAUAGAAACGACGAAAUUGUUAAACGGCCAGACAACGGCAGCUGAUAAAGAGAAGGACUAUGCGGACUAUAGCAAUGAUCCACGUCAGAAACAUCAGAAAGGCAACUAUAAUAGCGGUAGUAAUAAGGAAAAUGACCCAACAGCAGCAUUAGCAAUCAGACGAAGGGAUAGUUUACGGAAGACGAAUAGCGUUUCUGAUGACUGCGCAUUGAAAAGGUCUAUAAGUAACUCUAAAGAUCCACAGGAUGCGUUUACUCAGCAACUGAAUUCUUUGUUGCGUGGUGUCGGUGGCGGUGCAUCUAGCAUUAAAGAUAAUCUUCUUAAAUCCAACAACAAUAACUACAAUCAAAAAGAUGGCUUGAGUGCAAACGAAGGGCCACCGCGACAAUUCGAAGCCAAAUGUUAUAUAGAGAAUGGUCGAAUCAAUUUUGGUAAAUUAAUAACGGACGAAGUCUUAGCAGCCGACUACAAAUUGGUGGAAGCCGCUAAGAAAACUACGAAUAUAGCCGGCACGACAGCUUUAAUAGCUAUUAUGCAAGACAGCCGGCUAAUAGUGGCCAAUGUAGGCGAUUCGCGAGGAGUUAUGUGUAAUGCGCGUGGUAUUGCUAUACCGCUCUCAUUCGAUCAUAAGCCACAGCAGGUAAGAGAGCGUAAACGUAUACACGAUGCUGGUGGUUUUAUAGCUUUUCGUGGUGUUUGGCGGGUGGCGGGCAUAUUGGCUACAUCUCGAGCGUUGGGUGAUUACCCGCUAAAAGACAAAAAUCUAGUCAUAGCUAAUCCAGAUAUAUUAACAUUUGAUUUAAAUGAUCACAAGCCUGCUUUUAUAAUCCUAGCUUCUGAUGGUUUGUGGGACACGUUUAGCAACGAGGAAGCCUGUAGUUUCAUAAAAGAACACUUACAUGAGCCCGACUUUGGUGCUCGUUCGUUAGCCUUGCAAUCGUAUAACCGCGGUUCCGUUGAUAAUAUCACUGUAUUGGUGAUUGUUUUUAAAAAUGGCAAUUAUCAAAUUGGAUUGACUAACAGCUCGUCCAAUAAAAUUUAUAACCAAAGUUCUUCAUCGUCUGCAAUCGGUUCACCGAAAUCGGCAGCCGCUGUUAUAGCUUCAACAAAUUUGAAUCGUUCAAACAGCAUUCGUUCCAAAUAAAGUGAAACAAUGAAAAAUCAUAGGAAUUAAUUACUUAGUAUUGAAAAUAUAAAUGUAUUUUUUUAUUAAUAUUACUUAUAAAAAUGAAAAAAAUAAAUAGUCAAUCCAAAGCAUUGAAUCUCUCUCUACAUAUAUAUAUAUAUAUAUAUAUAUA